AUAUACUGAAUGCCAUGCUGCGUUUAGCCCGAAGUUUACUUGAGAGAACAACAAGUGGGCUUGCAAGACAUAGAAGUUCUGCCUUGAAAACCCUAGCCAUUGGUUUUCUUCAAAGGGAUGAAGGAUCAAAAAAUGGUAACAGAAAACAGGAAGAAGGCUUUGUCUGUCAUUUCUCUGGGUCAGCUUCAAGCCCUAGCUUGUCAAUAUGGAGGCGGAAAAAAGAGAUGGGAAAGGAAGGUCUUAUCAUUGUUAAAGAACUUAAGAGGUUAAUGUCUAAUGCAAUUAAGCUCGACCGAUUUGUGCAGUCACAUGUCUCUCGCCUCCUUAAGUCUGAUCUUUUUGCGGUUCUGGCUGAGCUCCAACGCCAAGAUCAAGUUUUUCUCUCUAUGAAGAUAUAUGAUGUGGUGAGAAAAGAAAUAUGGUAUCGCCCAGAUAUGUUCUUUUACAGGGAUAUGCUUAUGAUGCUUGCUAGGAACAGAAAGGUGGAUGAGGCCAAGAGAGUAUGGGUGGAUUUGAGGAGGGAGGAAGUCUUGUUCGAUCAGCACACUUAUGGAGACAUUAUCAGGUCCUUCUUAGACAGUGGAUUGCCUUCUGAAGCAAUGGAGUUGUAUGAAGAGAUGAGGCAAUCUCCUGAUCCUCCAAUCUCUUUGCCUUACCGUGUUAUCUUGAAAGGGCUCAUACCAUAUCCUGAAUUGAGGGAGAGGGUAAAGGAAGAUUUCCUGGAUCUGUUUCCUGAUAUGAUCGUCUAUGAUCCACCAGAAGAUCUAUUUGAUAAUUCAGAAAUUGAUAAGAGAGAGCAAAGAUGAUUAAGGAUGCCAAAUUCAUUACAGAUGCACCCAAAUUUUGCUUUCUUAUGCAGAGUUCUGAAAGGCAAAGGCUCAUCAGAGGCAGAACUUUCACAAGGGAGAGAUUAUAUACGGGUACUUGGACAUUAUUCAGUGUUUAUGAAGGCCUUGUAAGAACACACAGAAUCGUGUUUGGUGAAUACAUCCAAUCUAGCAAACAUUUUGGGUUGUGGAGCAAGUUAUUGAAGGUGAGAUGUCUUGUUGUGACAGAAGAAAAGAAGAUGGUCAGCCCAAUCUAUGUCGCCUAUACAAGGCAAGGACAUGACUGGACAAUUGUCUGUUUAAACUAAGAGUUGAAAUAUCCAACACAAUACGACACCCUUGUACAGGUAUCUGGGUGUCAUAGAACCCAGUAUGUUACUUUUAAAACAGUUCUCUCUCUCUCUCUCUCUCUCUCUCUCUCUCUCUCUCCCUCAUUUAAUUACCUUAUCAUUUGAUAGGGCAAAGAAAAGUCGAGCAUAAAAAAAAAGAUUGAAGAAAGGUGUAUUUGACAUGA